AUUUCUAAUAAAUAUAUUUUUUCCACUUGGGUUCAGUCAAUUAUAUCAACGAACUAUUUUCCUAUUCAAUGUGGUCUAAUACUGAGGUGAGAUUAUUAUUAUAUAAGCCUUUGAAUUGGCUCUUUUCUUCGUUUUUUUUUUUUUUUUAGCUAGUGAAUAUUAAUUAAUCAUUUUCAAAUGUUUACGCGUUCUCAGAAUAAGAAAAUCCGUCUGAACAUAGUCCGUUUUUUUCUGAAGAAUGAAAAAUAUUUUCACAGAUUUUUAUAAUUUCAGAACGAUAAAGCCCGUGAACGCAGGUUAUAUUUGAUCAACUUUGAAUUGUUUAUCCAUGACACAUGACGUUAAGUAUACCUCUCAAAUAAGGUUAGUGUAAAAGUUUGUCUAUUUUUUUGUUUUGUGUCUGCUAAUUUAUUUUUGUUUGAUUUCUAAUUAUCAAAUCAAAAUAAUAACAGCAAAAGUGAAAAUAAUGGUGACCAAAUACUAAACGUUCAAUAUUAUUAAAACGUGAUGAAAAACAGUAAUUGAAAAAUAUAAGAAAUAGCAAGCUUCGUUUUACUCUUUAAUAAAGUGCAUACGUCCAAAUUAUAUCUUCUAGUGGUGAUACCAUACCAAAUAGAAGAUGUCUAUACAUUAUAAAAUUAUGUUUAACUAUGGCGCAGUUAUAAGCCACUAGAAAAAUUUGCUGGUGUGCUAUAACUAUAUUUUAGAUAUGUUUUUUGGAGGAAUUACGAUUAUGUGAGCCAUAAGACACAUUUAGAAAAAAACUCAUGAAUCAUGAUAUAAAAAAUGAGGUAAAAUCAAGAAUAUCCAACUUGUCAGUUUUCAAAGAAAUUUUCUCCCCAUAGCAUUCUUUUAGGUGAGGGUUCAAGCUGCAAUGAAGAAAUAGUAAAAAUGCCAUUAGUGUCUUCAUAUGUCCAGCCCCGAGUUCACAUGCUUCGUAUUUUCGUCUCCGUUUUCUUUCACACUCAACGAUGCCAAUCCAUUCCCUAUCGAAUCUUUAGCUACCCUAUAUUGGAUAAAACCCUUUCCAAUAGAAUAAGAGCUGAAAGAAAUAAUAGUAACGAAGUUUUAUAUAUACUAUGUGUAUGUAUCAUUUGUACUAUAUAUGUACAGUAUACAGUAUACAGUAUACAAUAUAUAUAAUAUCCCUUUUUUUUGUCAUUUUUCUGUCAGCCUUUUGUUUGUCUUUUUACUUUUCUUAGUCGGGAUCGUUGAGGUAUAAAUACUCGCGGGAAUUGUCGUCGAAAAUAAGAUAAAGUCAUUGGAUAAGGGUGGAUCCAUCAUGGGGGUUAAGUUAAAAAACAGCUGAUUCUCGAAAAAACACAUCCAUGCUUUUUUACGGGUGCACUCCGUAGCUACUGACCUCACCCCCUUCUAAUCUCUUGCGUACAACUUAUAUUAUUGAUUUAACCACCGGAAAAUGUCAACGGGAAUAGGAGUGCUUAUUUCUGUUCUUAUCUUCGUUUAUCAUACACUGAAGAUUUUCAAUGAUAUCGUUGAUUUAACAUUACAACAAGGUUGCGUGAAGAUCAACUUUCAAUGUAUACUAAAAUGAUUCUUUUAUGAUUCUUGAUUUUUUUUUAUACUUCCAUAUCUAAUCAAAUUGAAACUUAGUCAGUGUUGAUGUGAUUAUGUUGACUGAAUGUUUGAUUCUUUAAAAAUGUUUGUCUCGGGUAACAGAAAAAGCUCAAAGCUAACUUACAAACGAGUGAUCUUUAACUUAAACUGCAAAACUAGGCUUACUGUUGAAGUAAAAUAAAAUUCAAGCAGACAAAAAGAGAAGGAUUGGCUGGAAGAUGGCUAAAGAAUGAAUGACACUAACCAAGGGGUCUGACGACUCGAAGAUAAGGUGGGCCAGAUCUUACAUCCAUCCUCUUCUUGUUUUCUUCAUCCUCCUAGAUUAUAGAAUGGCACUUUAAUUAUACUAAUGGGAGAACCAAAUGUUAAUUACGAUUUGAUGCCUUAAAGAGACGAUUCUGGGGCUGUGUUGGAGACGCAGGGGUUAAUGGGAACGUGAAUUGGAACAAGGAGCCCAUGCUGCACGAAUAAGAUUUUCACGAAGGGUCGACUUCGAUUCUGGAUAAGUAUAAUUUAAUUGAAAAUGCCAGCGUUGAUCAGCCAGAAGCUUUUGCAAUCUUCGAUUUCACUCAAAAAACAUCCGUAUAUCUACGCACAAAAUAUUGGAAGCUUUAUUAAGUAUUGCAUAGAAUAAAAUUAAUAUUUAUAUAAUAAAAAAUCUUACGUAAAAACUAUAGUGUCAAAAAAUAAAGAUUUAACAUAGUUGAGAAAAAAGUUAUCCCACAGUUUUCACUAUCAGAAAGAAAACCUUGAAAACUAAUGGAAUACAUCGUGAUUAUCAUUAUUUUGAUGUAGGUAAUUUUAUUUUCAUUGAUUUUUUUCUUAAAUUUUGAAUUUGUGUAAAAUAUGUGUGCAUAUAUAUAAUGAGUUAUUCAUUUUUUUAUUCCAUGAUCUUCAAAAUAAGAAGUUCGAGUAACAUUAAUUAUCUACAGAAAAAUGUUCAAGAUAAUUUUAUCAUAAGCUUUAUCAUGGAAUUCAUCAAAAAGUGUUUGUUUUUGAUAGUUAAUUUGUCACUUUUUUUUUUUUCUAUUGAUUGACUGAACGACUACAUUACUACUUCGAAAUUUUUUUAUUUUCCGUAGUUUAAAAACGUUUUAGUCUUAAUUUUUUUGUGAAUAUAUUUCUGUGAUACGAUAUAAGUUCUUACUUGUAUUUUAUAAAAAAAAUAUGAAGCCGGAAAAUAGCGAGAUAAUUAAAUAUUAUAAUUUUGAGUUGUCUAGAGGUAUUUUCUCAAAACUGAUGUUAACUGAAAUUUUUCAAUUUAAUUUCAGGUGUAUUUUCGUAACAAUUGGCAUGUGAACUUACUUCACCACGGCUGUCCACAAUUAUCAAUUUCACGAAAGGGCUUGAGUAACACUGAUAUUCAAGAUAGAUGAACAAGGAACUGCACCUGGUCUACUAAUGCGCUUAAUACCAGUUCCAGUAUCUUCACCGUCGAGUCCAGAAGGGCCUGUCACUCUGGUGGAACUGACCAGCGUACCCGGUGGACAAAAUGCGAUGGCUCACCUCAAAAAAAGGAAACUUGAAGCUGAAUCUGGUAUAAUCAAGUCUAUUCUACCAUCAACUUCACCCAUAAAUGGUAAAAAACAUCAACAGCAGAUUCAAAACUGUGGGGCUAUUCAUUUAAUUGGACAGCAAACUGAAAUGGAACUAUCCGAUAUGGCAGUGAAAAGAAGAAGAAAAAGUGUGCGUGAAGAUGAUAUCCGGAAAUCAAUGGACAGUGAAAAACAAAUAAUACUGCCCCAGAAGAAACGUGUUUUUACAGCAGGUAAAUCAAGUAGCCCUGCGAGAAAACCUUGCAAAAAUAUAGAAGAACCGGAAGAUGAUGAGACACUUAUAAGAGAAACAGAAGCUGCCUUAAAAAGCUUAUCUGGAAGUUGGCCAGGACCUAGUGGUUCCUUGUAUCAACGAGGAAAUUCUGACGAAGAUAGAUAUGAGUCAAAUUUUGAAAAUCUUUUCGAAGAGAAAAAAGACAUCCCAAAACUUUCCCCUUCUUCAAUUUCUGCAUCUUCAACUACUAGUAAUGAAACCGGGUGUUCUUUGAAAGAUGUCAUAACGUUUCGAGGGCAACAAGACCGGCGAUCUUACCAUCCACAUAAGCAUUCAGAUAGUCAAAAACAGUUGUACUCGCAAAUAAAAGCAAAAAAAGACGUUGAUGGCAACCUAAAAGCCGAAUCAAGUUGUGUACCAAUCCAAUGUCAGAGUACGUCUAUUGAUAUAACCAAAAUGAGAUUGAUGUCAAGGACGAAAGGAAAAGACAGAGUAUCUGAUCAGGUACGUGAGAACGAAAAGUAUUCGGGCAACGAAGCCCCUGAUUUUGAUGAACUCGUUGAUGAUUCUUCCAAUGAACUAGAGAUUGAUAUGUCAGAUCAUCUUGUAGACAAAAAUGAAGAAAGAGAUAGACAAAUUGAGAAAGAUAAAGAUAGUGUCCGUGAAAAUACGUCUCCACAAAAUCAAAUAAGACGUCAUCAUGCUCAACCGGGGUUUUUUAGUUAUGGCUAUUCUGGACACUGUUUGAAAUUGUCAUCUGUUGCAACAUCUGAAUCAUCUUCACCUACUUCUACAUCGUCAGCAUAUUCAAAUACAUCUGCCUUCAGACCUCUUGUCACAGAUAACGUUAAAUUACCAGGCAGAACUCCAACAGCAGCAACUUCAACAUCUAGUCCACCAAUUGGACCAUAUCCAGCGUCAGCAACAUUUGUCAGUUUUCCUUUAACAGUUCCAGGACAACCAGUGCCUGUCCCUCAACCAGUAAUACCAUCUUCAAUAGAAAAUAAACACACAUCGCUUUUACAGUUAAAGUCACACAAAGAAGAGCAAUUAAACCAACGUAUUAUUAACACAAGUGAUACAUUAUCAGUGAGCAAAUUAACGUCAACUAGAAUGCCUUCAAUUGGUAGCCCUGAUGCUGAUGCCUCAAAACAAUAUACAAUUCUUCAACCAGCUGGAGUUGGUUCAAGAGCUGCUAGUGCAAUUCAAGACAUUGCACGAGAAGGUGUACCUAGUGUUGCUGCUGUCAUUAGUAGUGCAAGCACAUCAAAUACUCCAACGAAUAGCUACACAAGUAAUUCAAAAACUGCUAUUACGAGCCAAAUGAAUAAUAACAAAGAUUCUAUUGAUAUGGCAAACAGCCCAACAGCAAAUAUAAUGACUACAGCUACAACCUGCUCGGCUAACGUUGAUGAUGUAUCGCUCACAUCUCUCAAUAAUCAGGAUAAUGUCAUGAAGAUCACAGACAGAAGUAACUUUGAUAACAACAGACCUGGCAUGUCCAUGUCACCAUCUAGUCGGAGUCGAGAGGGAAACAAGUGCCCGACCCCAGGUUGUAUUGGUCAAGGUCACGUGACUGGACUCUACACACACCACCGCAGUCUCUCAGGGUGUCCACGGAAGGAUAAACUCACGCCUGAAAUUCUGGCGAUGCAUGAGACUAUUUUGAAAUGCCCGACGCCUGGUUGCAAUGGCCGUGGUCACGUCAGCUCUAAUCGCAACACUCACAGGAGCUUAUCGGGUUGUCCAGUAGCAGCUGCCAAUAAACAGGCUGCCCGUGAGGCCCGACAUGAAUUCCAAGUGUCAGAAAUUCAGUCAGAGUUUAUAAACUCAAACUUGCUACCUGGCUCUAUGGACAUGAAAGGAUAUACACUCUAUACAACAACUAGUCAGGAUUCAAAAACAGUUAGCUCUCCAAUAUAUGAUUAUUAUAAAGCACCAGGCCUCCAUUGUAAACUACCCAAAACGCUGGAAGACACUGGUAAUUCGAACAAUAAUAACAAAGUUGAAGCAAAGACUGAAACAGCUACUUGCAAUACAAAUAUAGCAUUGCAAACUGAAACAAACCAAGAGCGACUAGUACCAAAAAUAGAAGAAUCAUCUUCUUGUCCUGUUAAUUCAUCACCAUCACUACCUCCACCACGGCAAUCAUAUGAUUCAUACAUAAAUCAGGAUUCGAACUCAUCUUCGAUGUCAUCAAUGGAGGCAAUAAGUAAUAGGUCGAUAGGAGGGAUUCAUCAUUCAAGUCAGCAUUCCGCUCAUCACGUGUUGCCGAUGCAGCCGACAGUCACUUACCCUAUGUCUAUGGUUGAAGAUACUAGAAUGACGCAUCAAAUGUCUCAAAGAUCUCCUUAUGAACCUUCUAUGAUGUCAGUAUCUGCAACAACUAGUGAAGAUAUUUAUCAUCAUCGGGCUUAUAUACACACAACCUCUAGCAAUGCAAUCGCAAGACCUGUCGUAACUUAUGCCAAUGAUGUGGCUGGUGCUGGUCGAGGAUACGAUAACGUGUCCAGUGCUACGGAUCAUCGGCCUUAUGAUCCUGGCACUGUCUCAGCAUACGAAAGAUAUGACACGCAAGGUUGUACACCUUUUCAAUCACAACAGGCUCAGCAGCAACAGUUAAUUUCAAGAGCAAAUAUGUAUUACAUUGGACAAGCAGGAAUGACUCCAGAGGACCAAGAGCGGGCUUAUCAUCAAGAAGCUGCGGCUGCUCAGCAGCAUCAAAUGGCUAUUUCUGCUGCAACAACAAGAGUCAUGAUCAAAUCAGAAGAUGUAAAGUGUGUGUCGUCAAGCCAAAUACAAAUACAGAAGUCCGCAGGCCCAGCAACAUCUCCUGGAGGUUCAGUUAUGGAUCUUUCAACAUCUAGUGUGACAUCAACGAGUCCCCAGGCUCCACCAUAUGGAUCUAACAGCGUAAGCCCUAUAUAUGGAGGACAGACAGUUAGUGGAAGUCCCCAAGCAGCUGCGAGCCCUCACCUAACAACAAGUCCUCAAGUGCCCAGUCCUCAAGGUCAGACUCUGGAUCUCAGCGUUAACAGACUUCAUAGUGGAGCACAAAGUCCACAGUACUCAUCAAGCCACGGCGAGGCCGUUCCUGUUCCAGUAAUUCCCCAGUUUCCAGCACCAAGGCCAAUAGAGGAGCAAACAGAACCCGUGGACUUCUCAACCGCAAAUGAACCCGUCAAUUUUAGCGGAGCAUCAGGAAUUAGGCCAGUAGGGUUCCCUCCACCCGGAGUUCAUGUAGCAGCAUAUAGCCGUGAAAGUACACCUGAUAGUGGAGUUUCACAUUAUAUAGACGCAUACAGAGAUCCAAAUGCUUAUGGAUCAAUGAGCCCACAUCCAGGUUAUGGGAUGACUGCCGUUCAAUCGGAAUAUCCAGGAAACUCGUAUACACCUUAUUCUACCACUGGUUAUAACUGUGGAGGUACAUACCCAGGAUCAGUAACUUCAGGAUACCAAAUACCAGCAGGAUACAGUCCAGCUCCGUGUUAUAGCAUGCCACCGCCUCAGCACACUAUCAGUGGUUUGGAUAAGGCUUCAAGCAAAGACGAUAGUAUGUCAAGCUGUCCAAGAAAUGAACGCUCCCAAAUUCAAGCACACUCGCAGGAGCUUAAAUGUCCAACUCCAGGGUGUGAUGGGUCAGGGCAUGUUACGGGAAAUUACAGCUCACACCGUAGUCUUUCUGGCUGUCCAAGAGCGAAUAAACCCAAGAGUAAACCUCGUGAUGGUCAAGACUCAGAACCACUAAGAUGUCCUAUUCCUGGUUGUGAUGGAUCAGGUCAUGCAACUGGAAAGUUCUUGUCCCAUAGAAGUGCAUCAGGAUGUCCGAUUGCAAACCGCAACAAGCUGAGAGUUUUGGAGUCUGGUGGCACUGUUGAACAGCAUAAAGCUGCUGUUGCUGCUGCAACCGCACUAAAAUUCGAAGGUGUUAACUGUCCAACACCAGGGUGUGAUGGUAUUGGUCAUAUAAACGGUUCAUUUUCAACUCACAGAUCAUUGUCAGGAUGUCCGAUGGCUGGUAACACCUUGAGAAAGCCCAAGUUCGAAGACAUGACAAACAUGUACAGCAAAGGAAUCACCGGAAUGGACACUGGUGGUCCGGCUCAGGGUGGUCCGUUGGGUGCGGGUCAUAGAAGUCCAAGCUGUAGUGGACCUCCUGGUGAUCAGGGUGAGGACCUCUACACACUUGAAGCCGAAAUUAAUGAAUUACAAAGAGAAAAUGCCCGUGUUGAAUCACAGGUUAUGCGUCUGCGUUCUGAGGUCAGCGCCAUGGAGAAUCAUCUUAAGCAAGGAGACAAGGAAACAGCUUCAAUAACUCAACGAAACAAUCAUUUGACUGAUUAUUAUCAGUCACUACGGGAUAACAUGAUAACGUUUCUUGAACACGUAAGAAUACCGAGUGCACCUGGUGGUCCACCGGAGAAAAUGGGAAACGAAAACUUUGACAGUUAUUUAACAAAACUCCAAACGCUUUGUGGCCCAGAUGGCUACUGUGCUGAUGAAGCAAAUCGUCCGACAUAUGAGACUGUCAAAACCGCACUUCAAGAUUUUACAGUUUUGCCAACGCCUAUCUGAGACCAGUAGUGACGUGGCAAUAAUAAUAAUAAUAAUAAUAAUAAUAAUAAAGCUCAGUCUAUCAAUCAAUUGAAAAUUCAAAAAGAUACUAAGUUGCGACGGAUAAUUCGUCUCUAUUGUAAAUAAUAUAGUAGGAUAGUUCUAAUAACUGCAAUUUGUAAAUAUAUUAGAAUAGUACUUGUCAAGAUAUUUCGCGAGAAAAAAAUCCAUGUACAGAAAAUUCUAUGUUUAAUGGCACCCUUUAUAUCAUUGUUUCUAAUAUUAGAUAGUUUGUUUACAUAAAAAAUUCGAAAUCUUAAAAUGAAUUUUUUUUCGAAUAUAUGGCAAAAAAAAAAUUGAAUGUAAGAAUUUUAUAUAUUAUCUAUGAUUUUUCACUGUUCAUUUGAAUUGAGUCAGUGAAGUUGCUGCAUUUAUUUAACAAUCUUACUGUAAAUUCAAUUUAUCUAUUAAUAAACAAGGUCCAACACAUUGGAUAUCGGUAUGACUUGUUUUCAACAAUUACAAAUUUUUUUCGAAACUGUACAUAUAUAUUUCCAUAUAAACAGAAAUAGCUGUUUAGUAUAAGGCAUUUAUUAGAACAAUUUGAAAAGAUGAGAAAAUUAAUAAAGUAGGUUUUUAAGUAACACUCCACAAAAGAUGAAUAAAUAAAACCGACGAUAUAAUAUUAAUAUAUCUUAAUUAAUGCACUAUUAAUUCAUCAUAGUGCAAUCGUGGUAUUCAAAAUUAUGUAUAUUGUUAACAGAAGUAAAAUCAUCGUGCAAUACAACUAUUGAAACAUUGUGAUUCGUAAAUCAAUAAUAAACUUGAUGACAUAACAAUUGAUUCUUGAUUAUACUUGUUCUUUUAAAUAUUUUGUUCAUUGACAUAGAAAUUACGUCGAAUAUAAUUGGUGCAUAUUAUUGAUUGAAAAAUUUUUAUUCUCAUAUUUUUAUUGUUACUGAAGUAUAUGAUGUUGUCUUAUUUGUUUUAUUUUUAAGAUUUUGAUAGAUCCAUUAGUUGAAUUAUUCUAAACGAAAAAUAUUUUAAAUUGUGUGAGUCUGGUAACAGAAACAAUAUAGAAACGAGAGUUUCAUAUUUGUACUAAUGUGAAAAAAUUAUAUAACCAUGUAAUAAAAUUUACUUUUUCUCAAAGCCAUGAUGGACUUCGUGAUAAAGAUUAUCAUGAUCAUUCAUCUGAGUGAAUAAUCCUGAAAUCAUGUGAUAUAAAUUUUUUUCAUCAUGUAUUGAGGAUUGUUUACUUAAAUAAAAAAUCAUGAUGAAGUAUAUCAUGUCUUCGUGAUGCAAUGUACUGAUUUACAUAAAAAUUACAUUACUUUUUCGAAAAAAUAAACCGUUAUUUUUGAUAGCAAUACGCAAGGUGUGGAGGAAGCGUAUUAACUUUCUAAAGUUAAAAUUUGAGAAAUGAUAAAAAAAAUUCCUAUUAACACCAAAAAUCAACUUAUUCAUUUUAUUCAAAGGAGAAACUGAAUAUCGAAAAAAAUUUGAUAAACAAAUCUGGUUAAUGCCAUACUACUGUCUACUUGUAUCUCGUUCACUAUAUGCUAAUGAAUAAAAACCAAAGAAAAAAGGUGCAAUAACUAAAAUUAACGUGACAUUUACUCAAAAAAUUUGACGUUAAAAUCAAAAAUAAAAAUGUAAAUAACUUGAUCGGGAAUGAAUGAUUGGGCUCUAAAUUAAUACUUAAGCACCUCGUAGUGAGAGUAAUUGUUAAUUAAAAUUAUCUAUAGUUAAAUAGUGAUUUUAAAUAAUUAUGUUGCUAUUACAAAUGAUUCAUCAGUUGAUUUUAAGAUGUCAAUUUUUUAUUUGUUUAGAGAAUUUUUGUUUUUAUCAUUGAAGUAUUUUAAAAAAUUACAUGAAACUAUUUUAACAUACAUAACUUCAUUAUCAUUACCACAAAAAAAAAGUAUCGAUUGAUUGCCAAGUACUAUUCCUACUAGUUAUGUAUGUCUUAUGUAUGUCGUUUUAUUAAUUGUUGCAAUUUAUAAUGAAAAAAAAAAUUAUUAAUUUUAUGAAUAUUUAUAAAUUUAAGUAAGUAUAAAUGUUACUAUAAAUUAAUAAAAGGUAUUUAUCGAUGAAAAAUCAUGCAAAAACCACCACUCAACUCGGAUUGUUCUAUUUUUUUUUACUUUUCAACAUAAAAAAGUAUGGAAAUCUCGUACUGAGAUCUCUAUAAAAAAUAAACAUCAUGUACAAACCAAUAUUCCAGCCAGAAUUUAAAAAAUUACAUAUUCAGAAUGAACCAACAGCAGCACUGCAGCAGCUGCACCAAGCUGCACAUCUAGUAUAACAUCUGGCUUCCGAUACAUCUCCUCUGUUGCGUGUGUGUGUGUUUUGUAUUCUGAAAAAGUCUAUAUACGUUGUAAUUGUCUCUCCCGAUAGUUUAAAGAGGUUGAACCGGAUGAGCGUUUUUUGAAAUCAAACAUACAUCAUUUUUCUUUACUUUUAUUAGUUGUAGAAUAUAUAUAAACCACUAUAGUUAUAUAAAUAGUCGAUGUUAAUGCAAUUAAAAUUUUAUAAAAAAUGAAUUUUAACGAAAAAUACUUAUUGACCUCCUAAAAAUUGCAGUUGAGAUUGAAAAAAUUAACAUUUUCGAUAUUAGCAGUUCUAGUUUUCACCAAUGUUUGAAUAUAAGGCUUCUACUUUAGACCAUGCCCCUAUAAAAGUACUGUAGUUAUACCUUGACUCUAUUUAUUAUGAAUAUACUAAUAUGUAGUUAUUUAUAGUUACAUGUGAAUGUAUAAAAUAAUAUACAUAAUAAUGUGCAGUGGCUACUCGUAUAUAUUUUCGUACAUAUGUACGUAUUUAUAUUGACGCUAAUAUUCAGAAUUUGAUACCAGACUUGAAUCAG